ACUGGCCAAACUGAAAAACCAGAUCAGCUGGCGGCGACUUAUGAAGUAGUUUCAUAAAUUUAUUUUACCGCAUACUGCGAGUGUUAGAGGGAGACUAUUGAGUAAGGAAUGAAGAAAAAGAAACAAGGAAAACAUAUUAUAGGUCUGUGAUGUAAUGUGUUUUUAUUAAUGUCAAGUAUUUAAAGACAGAUAGAAACAACCUUGUUCGGAACUAAUUUCACAGCCUGUCUACUGGUUAGGAAUGAACCAAGGAGUAUUUAUUGUGACAACAUAAUUUCAACAUGAAACACUGGUGCUAUCUGAAUGCUAUUAUAUGUUUAUUUAUGCUGAGAAAGUCUCUGUAUGACAUGAUAUAAACUGAUAUGUUGUCAGAGUACAUAAAAUUUAAAGAAUGGCUGAAAAGAAUGACCUUAUCACUAAUAGAAAAGAUUUACUUGACAAUGAUGGAGGGAAAACUGAAAACAGUUCUAAGAAAGGACUAACACAGGAAAGAUAUGAAUCAGGUCCAGCAGAAAACCAAAGUCAAAACAGUUCUAAGAAAGGACAAACACAGGAAAGAUAUGAAUCAGGUCCAGCAGAAAACCAAAGUCAAAACAGUUCUAAGAAAGGACAAACUCAGGAAAGAUAUGAAUCAGGUCCAGCAGAAAACCAAAGUCAAAACAGUUCUAAGAAAAGACUAACACAGGAAAGAUAUGAAUCAGGUCCAGCAGAAAACCAAAGUCAAAACAGUUCUAAGAAAGGACAAACACAGGAAAGAUAUGAAUCAGGUCCAGCAGAAAACCAAAUUCAAAACAGUUCUAAGAAAGGACAAACACAAGAAAGAUAUGAAUCAGGUCCAGCAGAAAACCGAAGUCAAGAGCAGUCUAAAAAUGAUUCCCAAAAUGAAAUAUUGGAGAACAGAUACCAUGAAGGAGAGGAUGAAACCAAUGUCAAUGAAAAUUGUUCUGAAACUUGUGAAGAAAUAAAUGAAAUCCAUUCUUCAGAAUUACCUGUGGAUUGUUUACCUGUUGGUAAACAUGAUAAAGAAAAAGAGAAAUGUCAUGAUAAUGCUCUUUCAAUGUUUAUAGAUAUAAAUAAAAUGAAAUACUAUAAAAAGUUUAUCUGUAUUGAUGUCAACUCUUAUCACAAAACUAAACUGGUAGCAAUUUCAAAGUUUGAGAUUGACCUUGAUUUAUUAAAUCAAAUUUUAAGAAGAUUGGAUGAAAGUGGUGCAAUAAAAAAAAAAUCUUUUAAAAAGCCGUUACCUCAGCUUAAAACGUUUUACUUUGGCAAUUUUCCAUGCAUACCUGCAAUUUAUGAUGUUUAUAAUGUCUCAGAGUUGUCUGAUUCAGAAUCAGAAUCUGAAAAUGAAAAUGAAUCAUCUAGUGGACUCCAAGGAAAUAACCAAGGUGAAAAUCAACAGUCCGUGGAGCCAGAAAAUGGAGCAGUUGACAGGAACUUUGAUGAACUUGACAGUGCAAUAAACAGCAACGAAGUAAGGCAGCAGACAGCAGCUAUUGGACAAGCAGCAAGUGAUGUCCACCCAUCUGCAGCUAUCAGACAAGCAGCAAGUAAUGUCCACCCAUAUGACACUAUUGGACAAGCAGCAAGUGAUGUCCACCCAUCUGCAGCUAUCAGACAAGCAGCAAGUAAUGUCCACCCAUCUGCCGCUGAAAAUGAUCUACCUAAUAGUCCUGAUUUGAUUAGAAAUCUACGUCGUUACACUUCCUCAGCCUCCUAUAGAAAUGUAGUUAUAGACUUGAGUCAGGUUCCAGCCUCAUCUCAGAGAAUUGUGCAAGAAAACAUUAUAGACUUGAGGCAAGAUCCAGUUCCGACACAGAGAAUUGUUCAAGCCAUGGAGGAUAUUCCAAACAUUAUUUCUUCACCUACUGAUGACACCAUUAAUGUUCAGAAUACACAAGGCAAUGUUUCAAUCAAUUCUGAGCAAUCAUUCAUGAGCCAACACUUAUUUGAGGAGGAUGCAUUCUGCCCAGGCAAUACUACCACUCCAACAGUUGAACGAGUCCAUUGUCAGCCUUCAGAUGGGGGUCCAUCAGAAAUGUGUAUUGGAUCAGUUCCACGCCGACCUAUCAGUAGAGCAUCAGAAAUGUGUAUUGAAUCAGUUUCAAGAUUAAUUUCUGAUAAUGGACCAAUCAGGAGAGCAUCAGAAUCUCUAAAUCCAUAUCAUGAAAAUAGCUUUAGAGGAUUACCAGUAAUGUUACAGAUCCUUUCUGGACGCUCAUCAUUCAAUAACACCUGUACAAUAGAUACAUCUUUAAUGAUUAUUUUCUAUCAAAUGCUGACAAACAGAGAUCUUUAUCAGCUUUUUAUCAACAGUAUCUAUGAUAUAUUCAGAACUGACCUGCCAGACAUGCUGUCACUGUUUAGGAUAAGAGACUUUGAUGAUGUCAGAAGAGAAUGGUCAGAGAUCAUUAGGGAUUCUGCAAGAAGGGAUUUUUAUGGGUCUGAUGCAAGAUUUAUGAUGCGUCCUUUCAGCAGCCUGCUUCUUUGCCAUUACAGAUAUUAUUGUAGUAAUCUACACUGUCCUUCCAACAAUAGACAAUAUGAUAUGCCUGGAAUUAAUUUACGUCGUCUUCCAGCUGGAGCAUAUUUAGAUAUAACAACUUUACAGCAGUUAAUAGAUAGCUCUUCCAUCUCCCGUCAAUAUCCAUGCAAUGAAGAUUUAGUUCAGACAAUUUCUGAAUCAAGAGCACAGAAUGCACGAUAUACCUAUGUGCCUUGCAGCGGACAUCUUUUAGUAACCAGAACAGUUAGAGAUAUUCCAGAGCAGCCACCAAUGAUAAUGAUUAAUAUGGGAAGGUCAGGAUUACAAGGAAGACACAUUAGAGAUUUGAAUGGUACAGUCCAAGUUGGUGCAUAUCAUUAUUAUAUUGGUGGCCUCACGUUUGCUGCCAAUAAUCAUUUUACAGGGAGAAUUCUAUUACCUCAUCAUGGCAGGACUCUGCUUUAUUGCAAUGGUCAAGGAAUUAGAGAUUUAGGUGAUAAUGAGGAACAUCCAGAUUAUCUGAAUUCGUACUUGUCACUUGUUAUUCUCUUCAGGUUUAUAUAACUUACACAUCAAAACAUCUCAACAAUGUGGUCUAGUUUUAUAUGUAGAUCAAUGCUCCAUUUUCAUACUGGUUUCUUUUGCAGAAAUACUAAGAUUAAUUUAGAUACAUAACAU